CGUGGUUCAUCAGUGAACUUGGCAGUGCUGGGGCAAUGGUUGGACUCGAUCUUAGAGUGCUUUUACAGCUUUUAUGAUUCUGUGAUUCUGCUGCGGUUCUGUGAUGCACGAGCAGGUGCUGCACAGUUCCAACUCCACCAAGGCCCUCUGAAAAUGUGACCACCUGGCCCAGGACACCUGGCCCUGUUCCUGGUGACACAUCACCCCCCAGUGUCCCCCACCCUGUCCCCAGCAGCCCAGGGACCCCACGAACCAAUGCAAGGUGCUGAGUGUGCAGCCAAUUUGCAUGGCAGGGACAAGGGGAAACCCCAGGAAAUGCACAGCGCAGGCAUUAAUCAAAUCUCUCUAAUAAUAAACCUCUGAGGCGUGCAGGGGCGCAGGGCUGCAGCUCGUGGGGCCAUGGCAGGAGCCAAGGGGGAGUAGAGACUGCUGGAGAGUCAGACCCAUGGAUGGGACAGGUGUGGGGCAGGAUGCCAUGAAGAACUGCACUGACCAGGAGUACUGGGACAGCCUCGUUCAGCAGUGCAUCCCCUGCAGCCUCGCCUGCAGCCAGCCCCAGAGCAGGAAGUGUGAUGCUGUGUGUGAGUCCAUGGACUGCAACAAGAAACCUGGAUUUUACUACGAUGAGCUUGUGAAGGGCUGCAUCAAGUGCAGCUCGGUGUGUGGGCAGCACCCCAAGGAAUGUGCCCUGUCCUGCGAGCCCACGGCAGCGGGCCCGGCGGCGGUGCUGGAGCAGAAGGGAUGCGCGGAGCAGGAGCCGUGGCUGGUGCUGUACCUGCUGCUGGGGCUCUGCCUCUGCAGCCUCAUCUGCUCCCUGCUCCUGGGCUGGACUCACCUGCGCAGGAAGGGAGAGGGGGUGUCCUGCCAGGCCAGCGCUGGGACCUGCCACUGCAGGGAGGACCCUGCCAAAGAUCGCCUGGUGGAGGCUGGCAGCGUUGGUGAUGGAUUCACCAGCAUCAGAAUCCCAGAGCCAGUGGAAACCUGUGGCUUCUGCUUCCCUGGACAUGGCUCUGCUGUACAAGAGACCAAAUCCUGCCAGAGCAGCUCCUGUCACCCUGGGGAAAGGGCUGCUCCCUCCUUCUCCGGGAUCUGCAGCACGGGGAGCGCUGGGGCCGUUCCCAGCCCUGACGACGGCCACUUCAAAAUCAUCUGCUCUCCUUCCCAAGAGAAAACACCCAUGGUGUGACCACAGGGGAUGAAUCACAAUGGAGGGAUGCUCCCUCUGCCCCAAUCAAAGCUGCUUCACCCUCUGUGGCCAGUGACUGGAACAGCCUUACCCAGCCCGGGCUGUGCCAGGGCUGUGGGAUACACACAGGGCUGGAGGUUGCACAGAGCUGUUUGCUUCCACUCAGGAAACUAAAUUCCCAUUGUUCUUGUGUGCUCCCAGUGAAAGAAGUUGCUUCCCAUGUAGCAGCAUCUGACUUCAUCCUCCACCUUGACCUCAUACCACUGGGGGUGUCUCAUGGGGGUUUUUCAUCCUGUUCCAGCACCAGCAUCCCUGCAAAGGAUCAGUGAUCCCGUGGAGAGCUCAGCUCUCCCUGCUUGGAGACUCCUUCAUGUACCAGGACAAUUUCCAGCCCAGCUGUAAACCUCUCAAACAAAAACCUCAAACCUCUCAAACAUGGCAUUGGAUCCAAGGAUUUACUGUUGACAUUAAUGAGGAGGCAGUGUGGGAAGCUCCAGUGUUUGCAGCACUGCCAUGGGUGAUGGUGAGGCUUUGCCUCGUGACCAGGACACGAUGCUGCACAUGAGGAGCUGGGACAGGCACCAAAAUCCUCAAUGGAAUUGGCUUUCAAUAUAAAAAUUCAUCCAAGUCUGAGAUCUUUCUACAAAACUGGAUUUAUCUAUAUCUGACCUGGGUUAUUCUGAAGAGCUGGUAAAAGUGAGGAACCUGCUGAAGUUAAAGCUGCUUUGAGAGAAUAUUUUUAUCUAACCUGGCUUUGAAAGCUACCAUGGAAAAAUUGGAGUUUCAAUGUGUAACUUGGAGUCCUCAUUUCCACUAAAGAAGACUGUAGGAAUUUUUUGUUUGGUGAAGAAUCCCUCCUGGUAGGAGCCCGUUCCCUCCACUGUCUCAAACUACAGCUUUAAGCUUGAAAGAAUAAAUGUAAUUCAAUAUAUGCACAAAUUGGUGCUGGGAAAGCAGACAGCUGGAGAAAACAUGAGCAGAGUUAUAACAGAUUCUAUCUCUUCUAUAUUAUACAUUCCUUUAAAUGUAAAUACUUUCUUACCAUUAAAAAAGGCAUCACCUGGGGGGUUGAGCUUCUCACUCUGGUCACCUCUCACUGUCUCAGCAUCCACAGUCCAUGGACAUCCCAACCUCCAGAGCUUCCCUGUGUCCCAGCAAACCUGGAGACCCUCUGGGCCUCCCCUCUCACAUCAGCACCUUCCCUUCCACCUGCACAGCAGCAUCUUCCCCAGCCUCAGCUCCCUCCUGUGGGAUCUGCUCCAGUGCCCUCUGCUCUCCUGCUCUCAGUUCCUGGGGUCCCCACACCUGUGGGUUCCUGCCCCACAGCCUCCAACACCAUGGCCCCAAAUCCUGUGGCACCAAUAGCAACCCAGUUCCUCUAGAACUGCAAAAGUCUUUCAGCCCCAGAAGUGACCUUGGCCCCCACCCCUGUUCAGCCUCAGCUCUCCCUCAUUCUGCACCCUGGCAUGGAUUAAUCUCUCCCUCAGUUUCCCCAAGUUCUUGGUUCCUUUUCCAGCCCAGCCUCUCUUGCUCUGCUGUUUGUCUCCUGCCUCCUUCAGCCUCCCUUUGCAUUCCUGCUCUGCUCCUUUCUCUGCUCCCCAGGCUCCUGUUCGUGCUCAGACCUCCAAGGCCUCCUGGCUUCUCCUGCCCCUCUGCCUUCCUGCAGCCCCACGUCCUCCACCCUCACUGGG